AUGUUGACUUCCUUCCUCUUCUACCCAUCGCUUGGGUAUAACUUGCUGCGCAAUCGGCUGCAACCGGAUAAAUGGGCCUGGUAUAAUCGAAUCGACGAUGGGUUAGUGCUCGGAGCAAUGCCUUUCAAAUCAAUGAGGGAAGAGCUUGUAAAUAAGGAGAACAUUGGCGGUGUGGUAUGCUGCACAGAGCCCUACGAGCUCAAGGCGGCUUGGAGUGCAAUGAAUGCAGAGGACUGGAAGGAGCACGGAGUCCGUUUCCAUGCCAUCCCCAUGCAUGAUUUUGUUGGGACUGCUGCACGCCCAGAAUUGAUCGAGGCGGUCGCUUUUAUGAAUGAUGUCAACAAUAGCGGCAAAUCAGUAUAUGUACAUUGCAAGGCUGGCCGAAUGCGCUCUGUUACCGUGGCCACUUGUUAUGUGAUGCAAAAGAAGAACUGGCUCCCGAAUGUGGCCUUUGAAUUCAUCAAAACUCAUCGGCCGCAGGAGCAAAGUCAAGAAGCUAUGCGCGAGAAGGAGGGUUUAUCCGGCUCUACAAUGUUGCAGCGUUCAAGGAGUGAUUGCGGCAAUUUUGGGGACAGGCUGGACAAGGCACUGAUUCUUGACGUGGCAAGCGUCGGCGGCGCCAGCAGCUUGCACGAUGAGGAGAGCGACAUGGAGAUGAUCGAGUCGGACCGCAGUCGAGCCUCCACCCGUGAAUUAGAUGACAAGAGCCACGACUACGAGGAUUCUUGUGCCAGCAGCGGGGUAUCUGCCUCCUCCGCUACCAGCAUCAUGUCGGUUGCUGGUGAUGAGGCGAUCCGGCGGCUCGAAGAGGAAUUACGAUUGACGCGUCUCGCGCUUCUUGAGAAAGAAGAACGAUGCUCCCGCCUUUCUUCUAUGCAAAAUACCGUUGACACCGAAGUGCACGAGCUGACUGAAAAGCUUUUCCAGGAAGCUUACAAAAUGGUGAACCUGGCUGAAGAACGGCGCGAGAAAUCUGAGCGCCUGCUGAAUGAGAGCAGGAUGAAGGUUGAUGUGCUGCAAGCCGAAGUUGAAGCGUUGAAAUUAUUAGUGGGCACGCCGGGAGCUGCCGGGCAGCAUCACACCGCUGCCAAGAGCGCAAAGGGAAACGUGUUCUCAAAGAUUCUGAAUACAUCUAAUCAUCCCGGUCAUCAAAAGAAGAACUGGCAGCUCGAGGAAUCGGUGCCUGCUUCGAAGAAGUCGUCUAGCUUGCCGAACCCAAGCCGCGAGCAGCUAGCCCGACUGUGUAGUGAUGGGAAAGAAGAGCCGGAUUCUACCGAAGAGAUUGAUCCGGUGUUCUAUCGCGAAUUCGUCGAGUGGCGGGACGCAGGGCAUCCGCUGAACUGGCCUGAUGUAAGCAGCACUCCCACUACUAGCGACCCGGAACCAUCGCAAAUCGUUGCCUUCAUCACGCGCAUCCAUAAAGAAGACGUCGAUCCCUGUCUGCGAUUUGACAAUGAUGAUCUAGCCACCAGCCUGCUGACGGCUAUUCUACAAAAUCGAAUCGAGAUCGAGCAAGUAAACGAGGAUAAGCCAAAUGUUCGGAAUUGUUCCCUAACAUCGGUGCCUCGGUUUUGCCCUUUCCGCGCUCGGGCCUCCGCCGACGAUGAAUGGCAUUUUAUAUCAGUUCUCGCGAGGAACAGGAUAGCUGCCGUGUGCGAUUUCCACACAUAUCUUCGCUAUGUUUCGCUUGGCAUCGUGCGGUCCGGGCUUCGCGACAUGUACUCCGACAUCAUCGUGCUGCGAAAGAACAUGGCGCUGGCCCGGCUUGGCCUCGGUUUCGUUCCCAAGACCACCGACCGCACU